UCUUAGCGGCCCGGACGGCGACCCCGCUCCCCGCCCAGCCCAGAGGCCGGGGCCCUUGGGGCCGCUGCCGGCGCAGGGAACUACAUUUCCCAGGAAACCCCGAGCUGGUCCUGAGUGACUUCUUGGCCGGGCGGCUCACAAGACCGAGCGUGCCGGUGGGCCGGAGGGCGAUCCUGAGGAGGGGCAGGAUGCCACCAGCGGUGGGCGGAGGCCUGGCAGGGUCCGAGCUGCGUUCCCGGCGGGGCCGUUGUGGGCCCCAGACUGCUAGGGUUGUGGGCCCGGACGAGACCGCCGAGCCUGCAGCGCGGAGCCACAAACGGCCUGCUUGGGGCUCGCGGCACCUCGAGGCAGCCGGCCGGUGGGCCCUGCUGGCCCUGGUAACGCUGCUGUCCUUCGCCACCCGUUUCCACCGUCUGGACGAGCCGCCGCACGUCUGUUGGGAUGAAACUCACUUUGGAAAAAUGGGAAGUUAUUAUAUCAACCGCACCUUUUUCUUUGAUGUACACCCGCCUCUGGGAAAGAUGCUGAUAGGUCUUGCUGGCUACCUGAGCGGGUAUGAUGGUACUUUUUUGUUCCAGAAGCCAGGGGACAAAUAUGAGCAUCACAACUACAUGGGAAUGAGAGGGUUCUGUGCUUUCCUUGGUUCCUUGCUGGUCCCCUUUGCCUACCUCACUGUGUUGGAGCUGUCCAAGUCCUUUCCGGCAGCAUUGCUCGCUGCUGCCCUCCUCACCUUUGACACAGGAUGCCUCACUCUGUCCCAGUACAUCCUCCUUGACCCCAUCUUGAUGUUCUUCAUCAUGGCUGCCAUGCUGAGCAUGGUCAAGUACAACUCCUGUGCCAACAGGCCCUUCUCUGCCCCCUGGUGGUUCUGGCUCAGCAUGACUGGCAUUAAUCUGGCUGGUGCUUUAGGGGUCAAGUUUGUUGGCCUCUUUAUCAUCCUGCAAGUGGGGUGGAACACCAUUUCAGACCUUUGGCACCUGUUUGGAGACCUCAGUCUUCCAGUGGUGACUGUGGGAAAACACCUGACUGCUCGCAUCCUAUGCCUCAUUGUGCUGCCCCUGACUCUCUACACAGCCACUUACGCUGUUCACUUCAUGGUGCUGAACAAAAGUGGUCCCGGUGAUGGCUUCUUCAGUUCUGCCUUUCAGUCCCGGCUUUCAGGCAACACCCUUCAUAAUGCUUCCAUCCCCGAACACCUGGCCUAUGGCUCUGUGAUCACCAUGAAGAACCUGCGGAUGGCCAUCGGCUAUCUCCACUCCCACAGGCACCUGUACCCCGAGGGCAUCGGCGCCCGCCAGCAGCAGGUCACCACCUAUUUGCACAAGGACUACAACAACCUGUGGAUUAUCAAGAAACAUAAUACAAAUGCAGAUCCCCUGGACCCUUCGUCCCCAGUGGAGUUUGUAAGACAUGGAGACAUCAUCCGGCUCGAACACAAAGAGACUUCUCGUAACCUGCACAGUCACUAUCAUGAGGCCCCCCUGACCCGAAAGCACUAUCAGGUCACUGGCUAUGGCAUAAAUGGGACAGGAGACUCCAAUGAUUUCUGGAGGAUUGAGGUUGUAAACAGAAAAUUUGGAAACCGGAUCAAAGUGCUGAGAAGUCGAAUUCGGCUUAUCCAUCUGGUCACAGGUUGUGUGCUCGGCUCCUCGGGAAAGGUCUUGCCCAAAUGGGGCUGGGAGCAGCUGGAGGUUACUUGCACCCCAUACCUAAAGGAAACCCUCAACUCUGUCUGGAAUGUGGAGGACCAUAUCAAUCCCAAACUGCCGAACAUCAGCCUGGAUGUGCUGCAGCCCAGUUUUCCUGAGGUCUUGCUGGAGUCCCACAUGGUGAUGAUCCGGGGGAACAAUGGUCUCAAACCCAAGGACAAUGAGUUCACGUCCAAACCCUGGCACUGGCCUAUCAACUAUCAGGGCCUGCGCUUCUCAGGGAUCAAUGACACCGACUUCCGUGUGUAUCUUCUCGGCAACCCGGUGGUUUGGUGGCUGAAUCUGCUGAGCAUUGCCCUCUACCUCGUCGUGGGGAGUGCCAUCGCUGUAGCUGUGCAGAGAGGGGCACACCUGCCUGCGGAGGUGGAAGGGCUGUCCCAGGUCCUGCUGCGAGGCGGUGGUCAGCUCCUGCUCGGCUGGGUUCUCCACUACUUCCCAUUCUUCCUGAUGGGGCGGAUUCUCUACUUCCACCACUACUUCCCCGCCAUGCUCUUCUCCAGCAUGUUGACAGGCAUUCUGUGGGACACUCUCCUGCGGCUUGGGGCCUGGAGCCUGGCCUCUUCCUCCCUGGCCAGGGGCCUCUAUGUGGUGGGGAACCUGGGCCUGCUCCUGGGAACUGCCUAUAGCUUCUACCUCUUCCACCCUCUGGCUUACGGGAUGGUCGGUCCCCUAGCCCAGGAUCCCCGAAGCCCCAUGGCAGGACUGAGGUGGCUGGAAUCAUGGGACUUUUGAGGAGGCUGCUACAAGGACUUCAGCCUGAGUCCAGGAACUUUCUUGGGACAACCAGCUGUGCAGCCAGUAACUGGACCCUCCCAGCUGUGGGCCAGGCUGCCCAAGGAGCCUGAGGAAUUCUGCUGUCUGCCAGGACUGAGGUCUGGGAUCACACCCGGAACUUUGCCCAACGCUAGGGACAGCCGCGGCUCUGUCUGCAGAGGCCCCACCACUGGGAAUGGCCCGGUAACAGAGGACACCGCCUCUCGGGCCCGUUUCCCCAAGCGUGCAACAUAAGGAGGGGUGUGUGCGGGGGUGUGAGGGUACAUGUGUCCAUACGCCUGUGGAAUACUGACUGUGGACAGCUGAGUGUCAUAAACUCUAAGGAAUAGUCCAGGG